UGAGGUGAAAGUUCAACUUUCAAUGUUUACUCUGUUCGUUGUUACCAUUCUGAAAUGUCUGCUAUUCUUCGAUUUGCACAGAAGAAAAACAUCAAUCUAGGCAAAGCUACAGGUGGUGUUGUUUUUGCUGUAUUAUGUGCUUAUGGCAUUAAGCGAAGUUACAAAAUUCUUAAACAGAAACAGAAAGAAUCUGCUUUCAUCGUUGCCUCUCACGCUGAUAGUGAUACUGCCAAUACUGGCAAUAGUAAUAGUAAUACAAAUGUAAACAGCAGCAAGCGUGAAAAAAAGAACGUGCCUGCCUUCGAUAAAGUGUUCCUACGUCAGCUUGUUAAAAUUCUAAAAAUUGUCGUUCCGAGCGUAUGGACGAAAGAUUUUCUGUUACUCGUGAUACACACGACUACGCUUGUGUCACGCACCUUCCUCUCCAUAUAUGUGGCAUCAUUGGACAGCAAAAUCGUUCGGAGCAUCGUCCGGAGAGAUGCAAAAGCUUUCACAUUGAUGAUGAUGAAAUGGCUUCUUGUCGCCAUUCCUGCUACGUUCAUCAACAGUCUUAUUCGCUUCCUCGAGUCGAAAGUCGCCCUCGGUUUCCGUACGCGCCUUGUUCAUCACGCCUACGAGCUAUACUUCAAAAAUCAAACGUACUACAAAGUUAGUAACAUGGACAACCGACUCGUGAAUGCAGAUCAGUGCCUGACUGAAGAUAUCACCAUGUUCUCCCAGCAGGUGGCGCACCUCUACUCGCACGUCACCAAGCCUAUUUUGGACAUUGCCGUCGUGACAAUAACGUUAACGGCUAUGACGAUACGCAAGGGCGCCUUCUCGUGGAAGCCCCCUCUUAUUGCUACUGUUGUGAUAUAUGCGACGGGGAGGAUCUUGCGCGCUCUGUCGCCCAAGUUUGGGAAGCUGGUGUCAGAGGAAGCCAGCAGAAAAGGGUAUCUACGAUACGCUCAUUCAAGAGUCAUUGCAAAUGCAGAAGAGAUUGCUUUCUAUGGAGGCCACAAGGUCGAGAAAAACCUUCUAUCUAAGUGCUACAAUGAUCUCGUGGAGCAGAUGGACCUGAUAUACCGCAAGCGUCUGUGGUACAUUAUGCUCGAGCAGUUCCUCAUGAAAUACGUGUGGAGUGCUAGUGGAUUGACCAUGGUCGCCAUUCCAAUUAUUACUGCUGAUGGUAUCAGACGAGAUGGAACUAAGUAUACAGAUGAUCCGGAUGGCGGUGUGACUGAGCGUACGAAGGCUUACACGUUUGCUAAGAGUCUACUUAUUAAUGGAGCCGAUGCCAUCGAAAGACUCAUGUCUUCCCUAAAGGAGAUAACGGAGCUGGCAGGCUAUACUUCACGGGUGCAUGAUAUGCUAGAAGUGUUUGAACACGUAGCAAAUGGCAGAUAUGAGAGAAACUCUGUUACUGUAAACAGCAUAAAGAGCAAGGGUUCUAUAAAUGGAUCAUUAGAUAUCAAAGGGGAAAUAGUCGAGAGCGUGGAUGGUAGUAUCAAACUCGAGGACGUACCAAUAAUCACACCAAAUGGAGAUGUCGUCGUUGCGAGUCUGUCCAUUGAUAUGAUACCAGGGCAGCACCUACUCAUCACUGGUCCCAAUGGCUGUGGUAAGAGUUCGUUGUUCAGGAUACUGAGCGGACUGUGGCCCGUGUACCGUGGAAAGCUCCACCGUCCGCUGAACUGCAGCACGUUCUACAUUCCACAGAGGCCGUACAUGUCGGUGGGGUCGCUGCGGCACCAGGUGAUCUAUCCGGACACGGAGAGUGACAUGGCGGCGCGCGGGCUCACUGACGAUGACCUUGAUGCCGUCCUCGGCGUGGUGCACCUGCAGCACAUCGUGGCCCGAGAGGGAGGUUGGGAUUCGUGCAGCGAUUGGAAGGACGUGCUGUCAGGCGGGGAGAAACAGCGAAUGGGAAUGGCUCGGCUCUUCUACCACAAACCACAGUUUGCGCUACUCGACGAAUGCACUAGUGCGGUAUCUAUCGAUGUAGAGGCCAGCAUCUACCAAACAGCCAAAGAUAUGGACAUCACCCUCCUCACCAUUACACACCGUCCUUCUCUCUGGCGCUUCCACACGCGGGUGCUGCAGUUUGACGGUGAGGGCGGCUGGCACGUGGAGCGUCUCGACGCGAGCGCGCGCAUCUCGCUGCGAGACGAGGCACGCCGUCUCGAGACGCAGCUGGCGGGCGUGGCGCGCGACGAGCGGCGGCUGCGCGAGAUCUGUCGCGUCCUCGGCGAAGAGUCGGCGAUGCUGCGCAACAUCGACCGCCAGCACGACGAAGAUUGCCACACGGCGACGCCCGACGACGCGGACGCAGACGACUAGCCGCGUGGCGACGCCUGACGACGCAGUCGACUAGCCGCGCGGCGACGCCCGACGACUAGCCGUUAACUAAUCACGAGGGAGACUAGCCGCGCAGCUGUCGACCAGUCACAAGGGAAACAUUGGUGACUAGCCGUCGACCAAUCACGAGGAUGACUAGUCGUGCGUCCGUCGACCAAUCAUGAGGGAGAGUGCUGACACUAGCUGUGUCAGUGCCACGUCCUCCAAGUCCAACACAGGUGACAAGGUAACCGUUGUGGGAUCCAAGAAGGGGUGACAACGACUACUCUAAAUGACCUUUAACGCCAAUGUUUAUGAUAUUAGUAGUCGACAAGUCGUCUAACGUAGAGAGUGAUGGUGAAUAUAAUUACGGCGAUGAGUCGUGCUACUGAAACCGGUGCAUGAACAGUACAAGUCACUAGGUGGUGCUGUUUCUCACACUCUCUGCAGUCUGCAUUGGUGCACGCAUGCAGGCUGUACAUUUCUACUAACACAGGCAGGAGAACAAAAUAGAGUGUGAGUGCCAACGCAGGUGAUUAUGAUGUUAGUAAUGGACAUAAAAAGGACAGUGACGCAGACGGCAGCAAUGACGGAAGUCUAACAUGGGCCCUUAAAGUGAUUACGUCACCGUAAAUAUUAAAAAAUAAAAAAAAUAUUUCCACUUUUUCACAAAAUAUAAG